AUGGAACAUGAGGCUACCCAGCUAGAAAAGCAGCACGUGCAUAGUGUGUAUGAAAAUACAGCUGCCUACUUUAAUGAUCUGCAGAGCAAAGCAUGGCCUCGUGUUCGAAACUUUCUGCUGGAGCAAAAACCUGGCAGUCUCGUCGCUGACAUAGGUUGUGGAACUGGAAAGUAUCUCAGUGUCAACAGUCAGGUGUAUACUCUUGGCUGUGAUUAUUGCGGACCAUUGGUAGAGAUUGCAAGGAAGAAAGAUGAUGAAGUUCUGGUAUGUGACAACCUUAACCUUCCCUUUAGGGACCAGUGCUUCAAUGCAGUCAUUUCCAUUGGAGUGAUCCAUCAUUUCUCAACCAAACAGAGAAGAAUCAAAGCAAUAAAGGAAAUGGCAAGGAUAUUGAUACCCGGAGGCCAGAUGAUGAUUUAUGUUUGGGCUAUGGAACAAAAGAAUCGUCGCUUUGAGAAACAAGACGUAUUUGUUCCUUGGAACAAGGCCUUGUGCUCACGGCAUUUUUCAGAAUCGAAUCAAUCUGGAGAUAAGGGUGAGUUUGUGCACGCUGUAAAAAGCCGAGGCAUACACCCUGCACAGCUAGUCAUCUCCGAUUGCAGCUACCAAACCAACCUGCAGCCAGAAACCGAUCCAAAACAUUCCCACAAUACGGACCAUUGCUUAUCGAGAACCUGCUGCCUGAAUAUUUCUGAAGAAGAAAAUAGAUUUUAUAGUGCUCUAGGAAGAUCUUUCCGCUCAUGGUUUUUCUCCAGAUCCCUUGAUGAAUCAGCCCUGAGAAAGCAAACUGACAAAAUGAAGCCUCUGAAGAAUGAAGGAGAGUGGGCAAACAGUACUGCACCCAUUCAGCAUUUGCGACACUGCAGUUUGGAUUUAGGUCACCAUGGGGCACUGUUGAAAGAACAAAGUUUAGAUGAUGAUGAUGUGUUCGUGGAAAGCCUGUCUCUCAAAAAAACACAGUGGUCACCAGCCACAGAUGCACUGAAGGAUUUAUGUUUAAAUGGAGGACACCAAAGUGUAGCUCAGAGCAGGAGUGAAGAAGCUGCAUUUAUAAAUGGCCCAGUGGAAGACAGGGACUGCAGCUGUGGUUGUAGUAAAGAUGGAGCUGGUAAGUCUAAUGCCAGCAAGUUUUUCAAAAGAACUUCAACAACUGAUUCCACUGACUCUGCGCUGGAUUCAGCAGUGUCUGUUGGGGACCAAACUGAUGUCACUUUGGACACAAAAGCCUUCAUGCGCUACUAUCACGUUUUUCGGGAAGGGGAGCUGUGCUCUCUGGUAGAGGAGAACGUGCCUGAGCUUCAGAUACUUUCUUCCUGCUACGACCAUGGAAACUGGUGCAUUAUUGCAGAGAAAAGAGGAACGUAG